GGGUGAAGGUGGUGGUGGUGGUGAUUGUAUAUAGUUCGACCAAAUAGGCAAUGCCGGCAUUGUAGGAUUAGGAUCAAUUCUUAAAAUGAUGGUACAUGACUUUCUAUGAAAUACCCUGGCAUGUUGUUGAAAUUGGUUAACCUCCAAAGCGUAUGAGAGCAUUUCUUUCUAAAAGCAUUUUAUAGGGGAACAGUAGAAGAAACAAAAAGUUUAUGAGUGAAGGCUCAACUUUUUAUUCAAAGGCUCAAUUUAUCAUGUGGUGUAAUCGAAAUUUUAUCCAAGCCACUUGGGAGAUGUUAUAGUCUUUUCAGUUUGUCUAGUAAUGUUUUCUACCAAUGCCUUAGAAGGCUGUCCUGGGCCUCGUAAGUAGAGCGGCCUCGUAAAGUUGCUCUUUUAGAUGCAUUCCUACCAACAGCUGGCCAGUUAUGUGAGGCAUGCUGUAAAUGCUGCCUUCCAACAUCUAAAUGGAGAACUGUUUAUGAAAUAGUCUAGAAAUUAUGCUCGAAAAGUUUGGAACAAUGCAUUUUGUGGAUGCUUGGGAGAAUAGCUUUACAUAAUCAUGUUUUGUGGGCUUUUUGGUUAUAGUCAUGUUUGUAUGAGCUCAUUAAUUAGUGAGUAACUAUGGAUUACCUCCAUGUGGUUUGUUCCGAUGACACAAUACCAACAUUAGAUUUGGAAACCUACUCAUAACCCUUAUGGUUUUGAACCAAAUUAAAACCGUCAAUUUUUCAUCCAAAUUAAUGAGAAGUGUCAAAUUUACUCAAUUCACCCUCUAUCUAAACACCCUUCAUUCUUAAUUCGGAUGAGAGAAAUCCUUAUUCCAUAAUUGAACAGAGUUAUAUUUGUAACCAAAUGGUAUUUGCUUCCUGCUUCCCCACUUCUAUUUCUCUUUCUUCACUGUCCCAAUCAGUUACACACAUCACACACAGAGCAUGUGCACGAGAACACAAACAUGUGCAUAUAUAUGUUUUUGUGCAAUGUUUGUGUGUACGUGUAUAUGCGUAUACCCACACAAACUGAGUCGCACAUACACCUCACUGGCGGUAAUUGGUUGCAUGACUUUGGAUUCUAUGCUUGCUUCAUGAUUUAUAUGAGGUAGAGCUUAGAACCAAUCAUUAAGGAAUCAUGAAUUCAAGUUGUUGUAUUUGUCUUUCAAAGUCCAAACAAAACCACUCACAAAGCUCUCACAGCAACACACAGCAAUCAUGUGCAUCAGAAACAACUUGGAUGCUGGGAAGUAGUUGCAUAGAGAAGGGUUGGAUGGAGGCUGCUAAUGCCGGAGGGCUGGGGAAGAGGGGGCUGACGGAGGAAGUAGAGCUGCUCUCUCUCUCUCUCAUAUUCUUCCUCUAAUGGGUUUACCACUUAGACAAAAACAUAAUGAGUUUGAUGGAUUCGAGCAGUUGCCCUCUAGGAGAGUCUCUGGAUGGUGAAUAUGAUGCGGGUAAUGCUCAGGUUCAUAUUGAACAGUAGGAUUAAAUAUGGAGUAUUGCGCAUCUAUGAACAAUAAUUUGGUCUUUAGAAGUUAUUUUGGUGCAAAACUAUGGGAAGUUAUGUGUAGGUUUUUUGAGUAUAAGAAAGAAAUUGACCAAACCCCA